CCUUUUUGUAGUUCUAGGAAGUAAGUCAAGGAGUACCACGGUUCGUGUCAAGUGCACGCGCUUUUUGCACACGCGUUUUUGUGUGGAGAUGUCUGUAGUGGAUCUCUGAGUGGGAAACGGAGCGCCGAAUCAACCCGAGUUGGACUAGCUUGCGCGACAGCUUGCGAGGUCAGCAUGGCGGCCGGAGUUGCAGCCUGGUUACCCUUCGCGCGCGCCGCGGCUAUAGGAUGGAUGCCGGUGGCGAGCGCUCCCAUGCCCGCUCCACCACGGGACAGGAGGCGCGCGCAGGACAGCCUGAUCAUCCUAAAUGUGAGCGGCACGAAGUUUCAGACCUGGCGGAACACCUUGGAGCGUUACCCGGACACACUGCUGGGCAGCACGGAGCGCGACUUCUUUUACCACGAGGAGACCAACGAGUACUUUUUCGACCGCGACCCGGACAUCUUCCGGCACAUUUUGAAUUUUUACCGCACCGGGAAGCUGCACUACCCGCGCCACGAGUGCAUCUCCGCGUACGACGAGGAGUUAGCUUUCUUCGGGAUCAUCCCCGAGAUUAUUGGAGACUGCUGCUAUGAAGAGUACAAAGACCGACGGAGAGAGAACGCCGAGCGGAUCCAAGACGACGAGGACAGCGAGAACAACAACGACGUCGCGCAGUUGGACAUGACGGUCCGCGAAUCCAUGUGGCGCGCCUUUGAGAACCCGCACACGAGCACCAUGGCCUUGGUGUUCUACUACGUGACGGGCUUCUUCAUCGCCGUGUCGGUCAUGGCCAACGUGGUGGAAACGGUUCCAUGCGGCACGAGCCUGAACCGCGCGAGGGAAUUAUCCUGCGGCGAGCGUUACGCGCUGGCCUUCUUCUGCCUGGACACGGCCUGCGUCAUGAUCUUCACCGUCGAGUACCUGUUGCGCCUGAUCGCUGCGCCCAGCAGGUACAAGUUUGUCAAGAGCGUCAUGAGCAUCAUUGACGUGGUGGCCAUCAUGCCUUACUAUAUCGGCCUGGUCAUGACGGACAACGAGGACGUGAGCGGCGCCUUCGUCACCCUCAGGGUCUUUCGCGUGUUUCGGAUUUUCAAGUUCUCCCGCCACUCGGCCGGCCUGCGCAUUUUGGGCUACACACUGAAGAGUUGCGCCUCCGAGUUGGGAUUCCUUCUCUUCUCUCUCACCAUGGCCAUCAUCAUCUUCGCCACCGUUAUGUUCUACGCAGAGAAAGGCUCCAACGCGAGCAAGUUCACCAGCAUCCCAGCGGCCUUCUGGUACACCAUCGUCACCAUGACCACUCUGGGGUACGGAGACAUGGUCCCGAAGACGAUAAUGGGCAAGAUCUUCGGCUCCAUCUGCUCCCUGAGUGGCGUGUUAGUGAUCGCUCUGCCCGUGCCUGUCAUCGUGUCUAACUUCAGCCGCAUCUAUCAUCAGAGUCAGCGUGCGGAGAAACGGCGUGCGCAAAAGAAAACCAGGCUCGCUAGAAUUCGCGCCACGAAGAGCUGGGGUGCUAACGCUUAUUUGCAGUACAAACGCAAUGGGCUGCUGGUCGACGCCGAGGAGGAGGCGUCGAAGGAGGCUGGAAAGGCGCUGGUUUGCAAGACUAAUCCCACGUUUGAGACACAGCAUCAUCACCUCCUACACUGCCUGGAAAAGACUACAAAUCACGAGUUUAUAGAUGAGAACACAUACGAGACGAGUUGCAUGGAGGUGUCCAUGGUGAAGCCGUCCACCUCGCGCUCCUCAUCCCUCUCGUCCUCUCCUCAUGGCCUGACCUGCUGCUCCCGCCGCAACAAGCGCAAGAGCUUCAACGUGCCCAACUCUAACAUGACUGCCAGCCGCCGAGGCAGCGUCCAGGAGCUCAGCACCAUCCAGAUCAGGGAGAGGCCCAUCAGCAACAGCCGUUCCAGUCUAAACGCUAAGUUUGAGGAGACGGUACCGUUAAACUCAGAGCAGCCCUACAUCACGGCAGCGGUCAUCAGCAUGCCAACUCCGCCUGUCACCACGCCAGAGGGCGGAGACUCGACCAGUUCUCCUGACUUCUUGCGGAGCAACAUUGUCCGCGUAUCGGCUCUAUAGACCUACAUUAAGAGCCAACACCUUGGUGUUUAUUUUUUCCUCUCUCAUUCAGCGAGUGGACGCUGGAUGAGGAGGGGAUUGGAAAGAGAGAGAGAGAGCACCCUCUGGUGGAUAGGAGAAACCACUGCAGAGACCAACGCCAUGACCAGAACCCUUUAUUUCAGCCCUUCUUCUUUGCGCUUGGACACGAGAGCCGGCUGGGCCCAUAAUGCCAAGCACUGGGGUUAUCACUCUUUUACCCACAAAAAGGGGGACCAUAGUUAAUGAUCAUCAUUUCCCAGCUUGUUACAAAUUUUUAAGUAUUGUGCGUCUUUACGUUUGUUGUCUUAAACUUGGUAGUGGACAAAACAAAGUGAUGUCGAGGAUACAACAGAAAUUCAGUGCAUAUUUUUCUCUUCUUUUUUUUUCUUGGGGUGGGAGGGGUGUAUUGUAGGUUCCGGGUGUCCUAGGCUAUUUGCCGUACUUUUAAAGAUAUCUACUAAAACAGAGCUCCUUUUGAUAUUUGACAUUACAAGAAAAAUCAAGGUUUUUAAGGUUGUACGAUGUGCGUGUGAUUGUGCGAUAUUGCGCGUGCGAGCGUUUUUAAAAUCUUUUUUGCAUGUUCUGCAUUCGUGACUCUAUGUCCUUUCAAGUUUGGCAUGAGCAAUAAGGCUUUUUCUUUUUUCCUUUUUUUUUUUUACCCCUUAUGUGUGUAUAUUUGAUUUGUUAACACUGAAAUGUACUUUUUCAGUCUCUUUUCC